AUGGCAUCUCCUCUAUGCAGAGCGGCCUCUGCCAACAUUCUGACUGCUCAAGACCAAGUAUCGACGCCCUCAUCCAAGGUCAAAGGCAGUCAGCCUCAGACCAAGACUGGUCACCCCAGAAACAAGGGUGCGUCCCGGGCCUGGUACCCUGUCCAUUCCAAGUUGGGACCUUUCUACCCCAGUGAAGUGAAGCCUCCUGUACAAACACAAGUAGCUGAGUUACAAAGGAAGAUACAACUGUUAGAGGGUGACCGGAAGACCUUUUAUGAGAGCUCCCAGUGGACCAUCAAGAAGAACCAGGACACCAUCAACCAUCUCAGUGAGGAGACCAAGGUGCUGCAACAACAGCUGGUGAAUCUGCUCCAGGGAGAUGAAAAAGUGGUCCAGACAGUGAUUCGGGAAUGGAAGUCAGAGACGCCAUACCUGAAGAACAGAACAGGCCAGGCUCUGGAGGUCCUGGACUAUCGACUGAGUGAGAAGGUGAAGCAGCUGAAUGCCCUGCAGCACGAGGUGGAGCUGAGGCAGAAGCGGCUGGAUGAACUCCAGCUGCAACACAGCCUACAUGAGCUUGAGAUGGCCGAGGCACAAGACAGCAACACAGAGGUGGCCAAGACCAUGCGGAACCUGGAGAACCGCCUGGAGAAGGCCCGGAUGAAGGCGGAGGAGGCGGAAUACAUCACCAAUGUGUACCUGCAGCUCAAGGCCUAUCUGCAGGAGGAGAGCCUUAACUUGGAGAACCGGCUGGAUACUAUGGAGGCUGAGGUGGUGCGGACGAAACACGAGCUCACAGAGCUGCAUUUAGUGAACCAGGAGGCUCUCAACGCCAGGGACAUCGCCAAGAAUCAACUGCAAUAUCUGGAGGAGACUGUGUAUCGAGAGCGCAAGGAGCGAGAGCGCUACAUAACCGAGAGCAAGAAGCGAGCUGAGGAGAGGAAACUGCAGAAUGAGCGCAUGGAACGCAAGACUCAGCGUGAACACGUGCUGCUGCAGUCUGAAGACGUCAUCCAGGAUAGCCUUCGAGCCAAGGAGGAGGAACUGCGGAGUCGCUGGAGCAUGUACCAGAUGGAGGUGAUCUUCGGCAAAGUCAAGGAUGCCACUGGCGUGGCUGACACACACUCCGUAGUGCGGCGGUUCCUGGCCCAGGGGGACACCUUCACGCAGUUGGAGACACUCAAGAGGGAAAAUGAGGAGAUGCUGGUGAGGCUGAAGCAGGAGAAGCAGCGCCUCCAACAGGAGCUCGACCACCUCAAGUAUUCCGGGGAGACCACGCUGGUGAGCGAGCAGAAGCUGCAAGCCGAGCUGCAGGGGCGCCUCAAGACCGAGGAGCAGCGGCGCACUGUGGCGCAGGAACAGCUAGAGCGCACCUUGAGGGGGAUGCAAGUUGUCAAGGCCGGCCUCGAGCAACUGGCGAGCAAGCUGCACUAUGUCACCGUGGAGGGCAGCCGCUUCUCUGGGAAGGAGUUGGAUCCCCUAACGGCCAACUACAUGCCGGACCUGCUGGGCAUGGUGGAGGAAAAGCUGCUGAAGUUGCACACACAGCUCGAGAGCCUCAACCUGCCGGAGAUGCUGGAACACAUCGCCGAUCGCGAGUUCUACGCCAGUUUAGAAGGAAAACUGCCCCUGUACAACACCCGCAUCACCCUGCCGCUUGCCAGUCCCAAGGACAAGUACUUCGACGAGGAGGAGAGUGAAGACGAGGACAACCUCGUGGCGACGCGCGUGGCGCUCAAGGUCCGUUCCCAGAAGCUCAUCGAAUCCCGCAGCAAGAAGCGCAAUCGCUCGCGAAGACCCUAG